AUCACCCCCAGCUCCUCAUCACUGGCUGGGACCUGAGCAGGGGCUGCUGCUGCUGCUGGAAACAUGGGUGAGCUGAGGCAGGAUUAUGUUCAGGGAAAUGUUCAGGGAAAUUCCAGCUGCCCCAUGGUUAGAACGAGGUCUGUUCUGGCUGCCGGGAGCCCAAAGGCAUCACACGUGCUGCCUUUCCUUAGCUGUUUCCUCCCCAACUUCCAUUCCCGGAGGCUGCUGGACCCCAUCUUCCCAGAAAGCACAGAGCUGUGCUCACUCGGCACUCGCAGCUGCAGGACACUGGGCCCAAUGGAUCAGAGGAGCUGGCAGCGGUGGCUGCUGCUGCUGGGCAUCCAACUGGCUGCUGGACAGUGUCCGGAGCAGUGCCAGUGUGUCCGCACUGCCCAGGUGGAGUGCUCCGGCGCUGGCAUCACCACGGUCCCCAGCCCCAUCCCCACCAACACCAUGACUCUCCAGAUCAUUAACACACACAUUGCUGAGUUGGGAGACGCCUCUUUCGGCAACGCCUCCCUGCUGAUCGGGCUGCGCAUCGAGAAGAACAACCUCUCGCGCAUCAGCCCCGGGGCCUUCCAGCACCUGCCUGACCUGCGCUACCUUAGCCUAGCCAGCAACAAGCUGCAGGAGCUCCCCGUGCAGGUCUUCGAGCCACUGGACAAGCUGGAGUCUCUGCUUCUCUCCAGCAACCAGAUCCUCCAGGUCGAGCCUUCCCACUUCACCCACUUGAGCAACCUCAAGGAGCUGCAGCUGCACGGAAACAACCUGCAGGAGCUGAAGGAAGGGGUGUUUGACCAGCUCACCAGCCUCGCCAAGCUCAACCUGGCCAGGAACAAUAUCGACCGCCUGCCGCCCCGGGCCUUCGAGCGGCUGGCACGGCUGCAGGUGCUGCGGCUCUACGAGAACCGGCUCCGGCAGAUCCCGGGGGGUGCCUUUGACGGGCUGCCAGAGCUGCAGGAGCUGGGUCUGCACCAGAACCAGCUGGAAAUGCUGUCCCCCGAUCUCUUCGUGAACAACGGGAACCUGCAGAAGCUCUACUUGUCCAACAACCUCCUCACUGCUCUGCCAAGUGGUAUCUUCUUGCCCCUGCACGCCCUAGCCAAGAUCACCCUGCACGUCAACCGCCUGCGGGACAUCUCCCCCAGUGCCUUUGGGCCCAUGCCCAAUCUGCGGGAGCUGUGGCUCUAUGAGAAUGAGCUCUCCACGCUCCCUGCCUCCGUCUUUGGAAACCUCACCCAGCUGCAGCUCCUGGUCCUCAGCAAGAACCGGCUGCGCUCAGUGGCACCGGGGGCUUUCCGGGGCUUGGGAGAGCUGCUAGAGCUGUCACUGCACUCCAACACACUGCGCCGCCUGGAUGUCCAGGCACUGGAGGGGCUUCCCAAGCUGCAGAACAUCUCCCUGCACCACAACCAGUUGCAGGCACUGCCACGGGGCCUCUUCGGGGCCACACCGAGGCUACAGAACCUGCAGCUGCACUCCAAUGCUCUGGAGUACCUGCCUGCUGGCAUCUUCUCCCCCCUGGCCUCUCUGCAAGAGGUGAAGCUGCACAACAACUCCUGGCGGUGUGACAAGGGCAUCCUGCCCCUGCGGGGCUGGCUGGAGGACAACCCUCACAAGGUGGGCGACACACCCCCCCUCUGUGCCCAGCCCCCUGCCCUGAGGGGAACACCCAUUUCUGGGCUGCCACGGGACCAACUCCUCCCUCCCUGGCUCCCCACUACCUCCCCCCAUCCCAGCACCCCACUCCCCCCUCAUCCAUCUGAGGUGGCAUCACCGGCGGGUGCCUGGACCGAGCCCCCCAUGGGGCUGCCAGUCUCCCCACCAGAGGAGGAGAAGGAGGAGGAAAAAGAGGAGGGCUGGUGGGGGCUGACACGCAUGCAGAGUGGGGUGGUGGUGGCUGUCAUUGUGCUGGUGUGCGUGGCCCUGCUCACUGCUCUGGUGGCACUGGUGGUCUAUGGCUGUAGAAAGAAGAGCCAUGUUGUGCUCAUGAGGAUGAAGGCACCCAAUGAAGCCUGAGAGCCUGGCAGACCCUGGGGGGAACAGUGCUGGUAGGGCAUCCCAUCCUCAUGGACCCAAGGGACAUGACAGUGGCUCUGUAUAAGCUGUCCUUGCUGACUGGGACAGCCCAGCAUUACCCCAUGUGCUGUGUGUCCCCCUGUCCUGAUCAGCUUUGCUUUGCCCCUGCUCUGCUGCAGGGUAUCCCACCAGGUGACCUCCCCUGGCUUAACGCUGUCCCCAGUUCUCCUGCCUCCAGUCCAGCCUUUGUGCUCAUUCCCUGCCUUGGGAACCCGCAGCUGGGAUGUGGGGUGCUAAGAGGGGACCCCUUCAUCAGGGACCCUCAGCCUGGCCAUGAUGGUGCUUACCCCAGUCAACAGGAAAUCCCCAUUCUUCACCUGCUAUCAUCCCCUGUUGCUGCAUGCCCUUGCACUGCCAGCUUCCUACCCCAGCUCCUCUUCCCAAUUUUUUUGACCCCCUGCCAUGCCCACAGCCUCUGUUCCUGCCUGGGCAGGCAGUUGUUAGCCAUUACCUUUGUGUCUAUGUGCAGCUCUGCAUCUCUCCUUCAUCCCGCGGGGCGGGGCUGCCCGGGCCUGGCGCUGCUGCUGGGCUGUCACACCCUGUGUGACUCGAUGCCUCCAAGCUGCCCUCCCUGCCUGCAGGCAGGGCAGGCCAGAGCACAGCCAGCAUCUUCUCCUGCUCCCAGCAGCCUCCUGCCCUUCUGCAUCUCCUGCCAGGAGAGCCGCGGGGCAGCGUGCUGGCAUCUGGGGGCAGCCCCCCGAGCCCUCGCUCCACCCUGGUGUUAACUCUCUUGCAGCCUUGCCCUGCCUGCAGCACCCUGCCCCAAACCCCAGAGUGGCCGGGGGCUUGCCCCAGCCCCUGCUGCCAGGGAAUUACAGGGGUAGGACAAUCGAUCUGCCAGGGGCUGGGAGAGGCUCCCCUGGUUGUGCCCCAGGGCUGCUGGAGGAUGCCGGGGCUGCUUCUGCUGCACUCCAACCUGAGGCCUCACUGCCAGGACACCCUCGUGAAUCCUCUGUCAGCUUGUGAACAGCCUGGCCAAGCUGCUUCUUCCUCUUCCUCCCUCGAGUGUCCUGUACGUGCCCAGACUUGCUGCCUCCUUAAAGCCUCAGGCAGCAGUGACUCUGUAAGUGCACAGUGAGGGGGGAGUCAGCAAGCACUGGCUGUGCAGCAGUUCACAGGUGGGUGCCAGCCCUUGCAUCCAGCAGCCACAGUGCCUCCUUCAGCUCUGGCACAGCCACAGAGGGGUUCAGAUCACCUCUGCAAGUCGUGUGAGGGGUUCAGAUCACCUCUGCAAGUCGUGUGGUGGUGCCAGGCUGCCUGGGGAUAGCUGCCAUGGGAUGAGGGUCUCACUUGGUGUGCACCCCACAGCUCUGGCUGCUCACAGCACGCCGUGAGUCAGAGCUGGUCCGUGCACAUGAUGGGAUUCUCCGUGGGCUGGGACCAGCACGGCGCGGGGGACACGGGACUGUGCUGCGGGCUUUUGGGUGCUGUUCUGUGACCUCUCCAUUAAAGUGCAGUUGUCCAUCCC